AUGCCAGCAAAGGUAGCCAGCCACUGGCGCUUCAACGGAGGAAUCAACACCCUUGCCGCACCAUCCGGAAACUUGCCCGAGCACAACAUGCAAUGCCUAUCACUAUCACAUCUGGCCUCUAGUCCCCUUCAAUCUGCUGGCGCCAGGAGAGCCAUCCAGUGCUGGUCCAAUAGUGGGACCCAGCGCGCUUGCGGCAGCUUGAGCGUUUACCGCGUCGCGAUGGAUCUUGCUGGAGUAGAUGGCACUAGAUCCAAAUGCAAAUCUAGGAGCAACCAACAAGAUCCGCUUAUCUACAGACCCAUGAAGCCGAUCCCUGACUACCAACAGAGCUGUAUCGACUCCCAUCCCUUGAUGACUUCCUUGAGUAACCUUGAAAUUACACGUUUUCGAGAGGUGGAGAGGAUGGCCGCAAAGACGGCCGGCGUCUGCAGAGUCAUUCUCGACAAGUUGAUUCGUGGGUGGCUUUUCCAAGACCCUUGUAUGGCGUCGUCUUUAACCGCCGCAGAUGCUCACCAAUACCCAUGA